AUGCGUUGGGGCUUCUCCCUACUUCUAGUUGCCGCCAUCCUCGUCACAUGGAGUCAUGGCCUAGCCAACGCUCAGCAGACCAACAGCCUCGACACACACCGCGGUCUCCCGGACAGCGAGAAGAUCACCAAGGCCGAGAUCAAGUCCGCGCUCAAGGAGAGAAUGGCUGACCCCGAUGUGAAGCUGGCAGUCGGCGAGCUGAGGUCCAUGAUUAGGAAGAAUCCCGAACUGGCCCAGGCAUUCAAGAAGAACCAAGUGGUGGAGGACCGCGGGUUCAACCUCGAGAACCCCGCUGUGGUGAAGGAACUGAAGGUGGUCGGAGGACUUCUAGACGACAACUGGUCAUUGUUCCGUGAAAUAUUAACCCGACAGUGUCUGGUAGUGCCUAUUACGUUCGACGAAAGUACAAUGGAAAAAUGUGUUUUGUUCCCAAGCACCGGAACCAGGUCGUUCGAAGUAAAACUAUCUAGGAAGUUUCAUCCUGAGCACUCAACAAGGUUUGCAUUCUAA